AUGUUCCUUCUGAGUGCUCUCUUCUUGCUCCUGAACAUACCAUCUUCUUUAGACAGGGAAGAAAAGUUCCCCUGCUUUGAGCAAAUCAACCCACGAGUCCACAGAGAUGGAGACCUGGUCAUUGGUGGAUUUUUCCCCUUGUAUUUAAUGGCAGUGAAGAGUUUCAGAGGAUCUGAGCAUCCACACAAGGCCUGUAAUGCACACCAGUGGCUACACAAAAAUUUUCAACAGGUUCUGGCCCUGAUGUUUGCUGUGGAGGAGAUCAACAAAGACCCCUGGCUACUCCCUAAUAUUACCCUUGGUUUACAAAUCUACAACACCUACCAUAGUGAUUCCAGGACCUUGGAGAGCUCCCUGAGGUGGCUUUCAGGACAGGACCCCACCAACCCAAAUUAUAGUUGUCAGAGGCAGGACAAGUCCGUGGCUGUUAUUGGAGGAGCUACGUCUACCGUUUCUGUCCAGAUGGGGACACUUCUGGGGCUCUACAGAAUACCACAGAUAAGCUAUGGACCAUUUGAUCCUGCCCUCAGUGACAAGGUCCAGUUUCCUUCCCUCUACCAGAUGGCCCCUCAGGACUCCUCCCUGCACCUGGGUAUUGUCCAGCUGCUGUUACAUUUUGGUUGGACUUGGGUGGGGCUGAUUAUCACAGAUGACAUGAGAGGUGAGAAGUUCCUCUGGAACAUGGGAGAAGAGAUGAGAAGGAACAAAGUUUGUGUGGCUAUCAUAGAGAAGAUCCCUGUCAGUGAGAGACGCCAUGCUGAAUCUCAGGAGGAAUUCAUGCCCAGAAUUGUGGCAUCAUCAGCCAAGGUGAUCAUCGUCCAUGGUGAUACUGACUCACUGAUGAUCCUGAGAUAUUCUCAGCCACCGUUUUAUGGAGUUUGGAAGGUUUGGAUUAUCACUUCACACUGGGAUGUCACUGUGAGACCAUAUGGUGUUCAUAGUUAUGCUUUUUAUGGAUCACUCAUAUUUUCACAUCAGAAAAGUGAGAUUCCUGGUUUCAAAGCCUUUCUCAGGACAGUCACCCCAACCAAAUACCCAGGAGACAUAUUCCUUAAGAGUUUCUGGGUCUCAGCAUUUGAGUGUUCAGAUGAGCCAAACAAACUGGAGCAAGAGGACUGUUCACUGAAUGCUUCCUUGGAGAUGCUUCCUUUGCACUAUUUUGACAUGACCAUGUCUAGCCUCAGUUACUUGGUCUACAAUGCUGUGUAUUCUGUGGCCUGGGCUCUUCACAAAAUGAUAAAUGCCAGGGUGCAAACAGGAUCUGUGAGAGAUGGAAGGUUCCUGGUGCCUCAGUCAUGGCAGCUUCACUCAUCUCUGAGGAGUAUUUAUUUUAACAACACUGCUGGGCAUCAGGUUGUUUUGGAUGAAGAAAAGAAUCCCGUAGCUAAAUAUGAUAUCAUGAACUUUGGGGCACUGUCUAAUGAUGAUGAAGUUCUUGUGAAAGUGGGGCAGUUUGUUCCCCAGUCUCUCCUUGGUCAAGAUUUCACCAUUUGUGAGAAGAAGCUGUAUCAAGGCAGAGUUAAUUUGAAGACCCUCCAGGCUGUGUGCACCGAGAGCUGUCAUUCUGGAUUUAGGAAAAUUGCCCAGAAGGGACAGCCUGUCUGCUGUUUUGACUGUGCUCAGUGCCCAGAAGGAGAGAUUUCCAACCAGAAGGAUGUGGACAAUUGUGUGAAGUGCCCAGAAGAUCAAUAUCCAAACAGGGAGAAAGACCAGUGUCUCCCAAAGGUAGUGACUUUCCUCAGUGUCCAAGAACCUUUGGGAUGGACUGUAACCUGCAUGGCUCUCUCCUUCUCUCUCCUCACAGUUGUGAUCCUCAUUAUAUUUGUGAAGCAUCAAGAUACUCCCAUUGUCAAGGCCAACAACCGGGUUCUCAGCUACACACUUCUCAUCUCUCUCAUCUUUUGCUUCCUCUGUUCUUUGCUUUACAUUGGCCGCCCUAUCACAGCAACCUGCCUUAUUCAGCAAACAAUAUUUGGAGUUGUGUUCACAGUGGCAAUUUCCUCUAUUUUGGCUAAAACCAUCAUGGUUCUUCUGGCUUUUAAGUCCACAAGACCAGGCAGCAGGAUGAGGAUGUGGGUGCAACACAAGGUGUCCAAUUUUCUAGUCUUCCUCUGCUCUAUAAUCCAAGUAAUUCUCUGUGGGAUCUGGCUGGGAACCUCACCUCCCUUCUUAGGUGUGGACACUAACUCUGAACCUGGACACAUCAUCAUUGAGUGUAAGGAGGGCUCUACAAUUGCCUUCUACUGUGUCUUGGGUUACAUGGGAAUCUUGGCCCUGGGCAGCUUCAUGGUCGCUUUCCUGGUCAGGAACCUUCCUGAUACCUUCAAUGAGGCCAGGUUCAUCACCUUUAGCAUGCUGGUUUUCUGCAGUGUGUGGGUCUCUUUCCUCCCCGCAUAUCAGAGUUCCAAGGGGAAGGCCAUGGUGGCCAUGGAGGUUUUUGCCAUCUUGGCCUCCAGUGCUGGAUUACUGGGCUGCAUCUUUUUUCCCAAGUGUUAUGUGAUCCUGCUAAGGCCAGAGAGAAACACUCUAGAAUGGUUAAGGAACAAAUCAGAUUUCAGAGUCAAGAAAGUUGCCCCAGAGGUUUUUCCAGGAGUUGCAGGUAUGGACAAUUGUAUGAAGUGCCCAGAAGAUCAAUAUCCAAACGGAGAGAAAGACCAGUGUCUCCCAAAGGCAGUGACCUUCCUCAGUGUCCAAGAACCUUUGGGAUGGACUGUAACCUGCAUGGCUCUCUCCUUCUCUCUCCUCACAGUUCUGAUCCUGAUUAUCUUUGUGAAGCAUCAAGAUACGCCCAUAGUCAAGGCCAACAACCGGGUUCUCAGCUAUACACUUCUCAUCUCUCUCAUCUUUUGCUUCCUCUGUUCUUUGCUUUUCAUUGGCCAUCCUACCACAGCAACCUGCCUCCUUCAGCAAUCAAUAUUUGGAAUAGUGUUCACAGUGGCAAUUUCCUCUAUUUUGGCUAAAACCAUGAUGGUGGUUCUGGCUUUUAGGGCCACAAAACCAGGCAGCACAAUGAGGAUGUGGGUACAGCCUAAGGUGUCCAAUUCUCUAGUCUUCCUCUGCUCUGUGAUCCAAGUGAUUCUCUGUGGGAUCUGGCUGGGGACCUCACCUCCCUUCUUAGGUACAGACACUCACUCUGAACCUGGCCACAUCAUCAUUGAGUGUAAGGAGGGUUCUUCAUUUGCCUUCUACUAUGUCCUGGGCUACAUGGGUAUCUUGGCGCUGGGCAGCUUCAUGGUGGCUUUCCUGGUCAGGAAUCUUCCUGACACUUUCAAUGAAGCCAAGUUCAUCACCUUUAGCAUGCUAGUCUUCUGCAGUGUGUGGAUCUCUUUCUUCCCUACAUAUCAGAGUUCCAAGGGGAAGGACAUGGUGGCUGUGGAGGUUUUUGCCAUCUUGGCCUCCAGUGCUGGGUUACUGGGCUGCAUUUUUUUUCCUAAGUGCUAUGUGAUCUUGCUAAGGCCAGAGAGGAACACUCUGGAAUGGGUAAGGAACAAAACAGACUCUAGAGCUAGGAACCUGGCCCCAAAGGCUAUUCCAGGGCCAUGA